AUGCCCCCCUUCCGAGUGCUGAUCGUAGGAGGCAGCAUCACCGGGCUGUCCUUGGCGCUUAUGCUAGAGAAAAACACCAUCGACUUUCUCAUACUUGAAGCAUAUCUGGACAUUGCACCUCAGGUUGGGGCUUCCUUGGGCUUACAGCCUAAUGGGCUCCGAAUUCUCGACCAGUUGGGCUGUUGUGAUGAACUCUUGGAACAUGCCAAGGGCCACACAGUGCAAGAGAGUAUUUACCGGCUGCCAAACGGCGAAAGGAUAUGGGAUUUCCGCAAGCUAAGCGACCAUUUGAUAGAACGACACGGGUAUCCAAUAGCGUUUAUGGAUCGACAAACAGUUCUCCAAACGCUAUAUAACAAAAUUCAGGAUAAAAGCAAGAUUCUUACAGGAAAGAGGGUUAAAGCCAUAGACAGCUCUGAUCCGACCGUGGUGAAAGUGAUUACGACCGAUGGAUCAAUAUACAGUGGGGACAUUGUCGUCGGCGCCGACGGUAUUCAUUCAACUGUUCGCCAGGAGAUGGCACGUUUAAACGUAAACACGGGUCGAGAUUACUUGGAAGAAAAAUCGCUGGAACUACAACUGAUACCUCAAAUAGCAUUCUCUGCAACCUACUCCUGUGUCUUCGGGAUUUCACACCGGACUCCCGGCAUUGAUGCUUGCACCCUUCAGGACGUAUUCAAUGAGAAGUUCUCAUAUCUUAUUGCUGACGGGCCUGGUGACCGUACCUAUUUCUUCCUGUUCGAGCACAUGGAUAGGGUACGAUUUGGCCAGGAUAUUCCUCGACUCACGGAGACGGACCGAGACGAAAUUGUCGGCAGACACCUUAAUGAUCCGAUCACCCCCGAUGUCAGAUUUCGUGACAUUUACGAACGUCGGAUCAGGUCUGGCAUUACCCCCCUGCAAGAGCAUGUAUACAAAUAUUGGCAUUAUGGAAGAAUGAUUACUCUUGGGGAUGCAAGCCAUAAGCCUCAUCCAUUGACUGGGCAAGGGGCAAACUGCUGCCUCGAAACGGCAGCAUGCUUCACCAAUGGCCUUGUGAAGCUGCUGCGCUCCACGCCUUCCGAAACACCCGUUUCAGAAGGAGACAUAUCCAGCAUGUUCGAUACAGUUCAGCAGACACGUCAGCCGAGAGUCCGUUUUCUGAUUGAGGCGGCUCACAAACGUCAAAAGCUCGUGGCUAUGGACACACCCGAGCACAAGUCGUACGUUGCUACGAAAAUACCAGGCCUCCCCAUAAAGGUUGUCCACAGCGAAUGGUUAAAGAUCUUUCCACCGGCGGUGUCACUGGAUAUGGUCCCGUUACCAGCAAGGCCACACAAAAUCCCGUAUCAUGAUGAGCUGGGGGCUCAGGACAACAAGCGUUCCCGCGAUGAAUCCAAACUAUAA